AAAGGCAUCAUUUACACGCGAUUUUCAUAAUGGAACUCUUCAUCGGAAGGAGGCUAAGAAUAAUACCAACAUGGCAGACGACUUGUCGAUGAUGCUCUUCUGGUUUGCAGAUUAUUCAAGUUUCUACUCAGUUCUAACAGUAAUCGUGUGUUUUAUUGUUAUGGUUGUGUUCAUUUUAAGAUUGAACAAUGAAAAUAUAUUUAUGAAUCUCAAUUCAACAUCUGUGCAACAAGUCAAUCUUGCUGUUGAAAGAUGUGUUACAGACAUGGUCAACCCAUUCUCUGUGAAAAUGACGCCAAGUAGUAGUCUCAAAGAUGGACUUCACAUACAGCUUUCGCUACUGAAGAAAUGUAUUUUACAAGUGUAUUGGGGGAUAGAUCUAGUGGAGUUCCAUAAGGCCAUGCAGGCACCAUGGCAAAACAUCUUACAACGUCUACAUGGCAAGUCCUGGCUGGAAGGCUAUACUUUGUUCCGUAAUGAAAACAAAGAAUUGAAUCCCUGUGACUUGCGACACGAACACAUUAAAUGCCCUGGGGAGAUGACAGCUGCUGAACUAGGGGAAUCUCCAAGAAAAAAAUACCCAGUCGUAGUGAUCACCUACCUACCAGAAUCUACAGAGGAGGAAAAUGCUACAAAUCCCAAAAUUGUUGCUGUAUUCAGUGUAAUUCAUUUAAAGGAUAACAUUUGCAAGCAGGAUUCACACAUCCUGAACCAAUAUCUAAAAACUUCUAAUCAGGGAGUCUUUACAUUACAGCCACUGUUUAUAUCCACCUCACCUGACUCGGGGACCAAUCACACAGCAUCCCAACCUGUCAGUCAAACCAAUGUCACAUCAGAAACAUCGACAUCAGAAGAUCUACAUUGUUCUGCACAUCCAGGUGAAACACAAGAUACAGAGUCUGUUCAGGAAAGUGAAGGUUCACCUAGUUUUUCUGAAGCUUUUGUUCAUUUUGAUGGUGCUUCCAGGGGUGAAAAUGUUCUAGACUCAGGUUCAUGUUCCAAGUGCGGAAAGUUAAGAAACAUUUAUAAAGAUUUGUGUAUAGAAUGUUACAGAGAGGCUAGUAAUAGCACAGAAUAUGGAAAUGAUUUGCACCAAAGACACAAUACCCAUGGAGAAACAGGGAGAUCAAUGUGCCAAGACAUACUGUUGUCAAAAGAAAGUAAUCCAGGGCAACAACUAAGUGGUGAUCAGGUUGAAGAAUGUAUUGUGUGUCAGGCGGACCUUGUAGCCUUUGCAUUGCUGCCAUGUCGUCAUACUUGUGUAUGUCAGUCAUGUUUUACUCAAAUAGAUCGAUGCCCAAUGUGUAGAGGCUACAUUGAGUCAUAUUUCCGUAUUCGACAUGACACUUGUGUUGAAGAUAUUGUAUCAGAGGAGGACACCACUACUGAUUCCGAGGUGUCUACUGCCCAUGAAAAUAUGUGGGAAAGACUUAACAGAGGACUCAACACAUUCCUUGGGUUCUCAUGAUCUUUGUUCAAAAAUCGUAAUUUGUUUCUUCAGUAUCAAGAAAUAUCAAGUUGAAAGGUCAGUGAUUUUUUUAGCCGCAUUGAGUCAUUCCAGCUUUAUUAAUAUUUGUCUAGUCAUAUGUAAAGGUCAGUUUGUAUUUUCUUCCUUUUUAAAAACUUAUUUUCCAUCAUGAAACUUGUUAUGGUAGGUAGUCAAAAACCUGUCAGAAACUGGAUCAAAAACCAGUUAUAACCUGUUACAACCAUUUCUUUACUUCUGUAGAUAAUGUAUAAUAUUUUAUGUGAUACCUUAUAAUGUUCCUACAAUCAAUAGGCAUACACUCCUUUUAUUUAUUUAGAUAUAUUCAUCAUAACAUGAAAUUCCAAUUCAAGCAAAAUCUACUGAAUAAGACCUGAACAUUCUUGCACUAUGUUUAUCUAGCCAGUAUAUUUGGUUCCAUUGGAUGGAAAAACACAAGUUUCAUGGAAAGUUGCUGUAGGUAUUGUAUUAAGCAAUUUGUUACCAACUUGAAGUAAAUCCUAAAGAGUUUGUUCGCUGGGUUUGUGACCCCAUGAACAUUCACUCAUUUUGAAGCAACUCUCCUUGUAGUGGCCGAACAAAAACAUUCAGAAGGCUGGCCCCAAGCCAUCCAGAGCUAUUACGGUAAAAUGUCCAAGGGUACAUUUAACCACCACAGCAUAGAUUGGCCUGUUUUACUGGUACCUUAUAAACAACCUUGGCAUGCGAAGAAAGGCUUUGAAAUGUCAAAUUCAAUUCAGUUUAUUUCCAUAAGUUAUACAACUCAUUGUAUAAAUAACAUUUCAAAAGGACAAAGACACUCACACUCUCACCAUCAUGCACACUAUGCCAUCAUUCAUUAUGUUUAAUUGUGACAAUAAAUCUUUCCUACGUUUAUUUGCUGAUGUUAGAUACUUUCCUAAAUUAUUAAGUUCUUGUAUAUUUUCGACUUUGGGUAGCUGAACACUAACAUACUUUGCUUAUUGAAAUAAUGUGGCUUAAUAAAUUUGGUAUGAAUAUCUGCAUAACACUUACAUUCAAUAAUAAAACGAUAUUUUCUUCUAUAUCAUUCUCAUUACAUAAAAUACACUUUGUUCUCCCCUUGUACAUCUCUGUAUCACCCACGUUCAAUUGCUAAAUCAUGUACAGAUAAGCAGAUCCUAGAAAUAAGUUUCUAAAAAUCAACAUUAACUGGCUUAUGUAGGUAUGACUGGAGUUGAAUGCCUUCAACCAGAUGUUGGUAUAAAGAUCCUUUAGAUGAAGGAUUAGCUUUCAUAAGACAUUCUUGUUGAAAAUUUUCAAAUAAAUGUCGUUUAUAAACAAUACAAUGAAAGCAGAACUAUUAUUGGUAUCUUAAAUUAUGUAUCCAAGGCCGACAUUUAAAAGGUUUUAUAUUAAGGAUCCAAGGGUCAUUGUUUUCUUCCAUAUCAUCAUAACACCAUUUGAGUACAUAAUUAUUUGAAAAUAUUUCCUUUAAUCAAUAUUCGACAAUUCUAACUUUUCUGAGAAUUUCUAAAGGAAAUCUUCCUAAAUCAAUGUAUGAAAAAGCAGUAUUUGUUGAUUUUCUUAGUCCUAGUUAAGUAGUAAUGACUUAAGAAAUGUGAUAUAGAGUUUUUCAAUAUCUGGAGCUUUAUGAUAACCCCAGAAUACGUACACAGCUGUAUAACAAAUAAUGUAGUGGCAUAUGUGUAACAUUCAGGAACAUAAAAGAUAGCGUGGUAUAUUGAAUGCAAUUUUAAUUUUGUGUUGUAUUGUCAUUAUUAAGAGUUGGUGAUAAUGUUAGGAAAAUAUACAUGCACAGUGUGUACAGAUCACAUAAACUGCUAAAAAAGAGGACCAUAAAUAACAUAGUAUCUGUGAUCAGAUGAGACACCAUAUAAAAACCACGGUCAAUAUAUCAAGAUUUUAUUGUAUGCCAUACACAGGCCUUGUAAGAACGUUCUAAUUUUAAACCAUUUAUAACAUGAUAACAUAGUCAUAUAAAAGAUCACAGCAUUUAAGUUUACAUUUAUGUCAUCAUCCUGUUGGAAAUGUUUAGUGAUCAAAGUUCAAACACGAUCAUGAAACUUGAUACUCAGUAUAUCUAUUAAUAUAUGGACCCAUCAUCAUGCCGCUGUUUUAGAAGAGGCGAAAUUUCAUAAGAACAUACAGAUAAAGAUAUUCCUAUAGAAUAAGAAAUGAAGACCUUCAAUAAUGCUUUCUUGUUACAUUGUGAUAACUUCAGUAAUGCUUACCUUCAUAAUUUGUAGAAUUGUAUUUUGUUAUUAUGAACUGUAUUCAUUAUUUCCUGUGAGACAUGCUUUCCUAUGCUAUAGGUUGUAUCUUAAAGUUAUUAGUACCGGGUAUAUGUAUGAAAGUGUGGCAAGAUGUUUACUGCCUGAUUAUCUUAACAAUUUUACAAGAAAAUUUUCCUCCUUUUUUGAGUUUUAUAGAAUAUUUAUAAACAGCCAAUGUCUACAGAGUAAGAACCUCGUCCAACAAACUUGUACUUUCUUCAUGAAGUAUUUUUGAUGAUGUGUCACUUCUCUUAUAUGAGUCUUUUUUUUUUUUUUUUUUUAAUUUUCAAACUAAUGGACCCAAUAAGAAGAUGUAUUCAAGUGACUUUUUAAUCAUGGAUUCAAAGUCAUUUUAAAGACUUGGCCCUAUACAUGUUAUGGAAGAUUAGAACAAAAUUAUUGUAUAUUUUAUCUUGUUGCUGCCUUGUUUUUUAAUUUAUUUGAUUUAAACUUCCUGUGAUAAUACUAGUACAAAAAGUACAUAUGGUUAUGUUUUAAUGAUAUUGUUUGUUAGGUGCUUAAGUCAUUGAGUUAAAUGUAUGUGAAUUUAUUAAUGAAUUUGAAGUGGAUGAAAUGGAUCAUAUACUAGGUAAUGAAAUAUGUAUGGAAAAAUCAAAAUAGUUUUCAUUGUAUUUAUCUACUCAAGUUAACACGUCAUUUGUGCAAGAAGAAUUGAGAUUCAAUAUUGUAUAAAGUUUUAGGUACUUCAGUUUUAACAAAAUUUCAGAAAUAGAUUUCAGCAGUAUUUUGUUUUUACUUAUUUUUUCAUGACAGUUACAGGUACAUUGUACAACAGAAUUAAUAUAUGUUGUUAAAAAUAUCAUUGGUUUUUUUUUAUUUCAGAUAUAGGUGGGGGGAAAA